CGCCCAGCCGGCACGCAAGCUUUAUCCGUGCCCGAAAUAUCACCCAAUUGAAAGAGCUAGAGCGGUAGAGCCCUAACUCUGAGCCCCCUCGGGCCUCAAGCUUAUUGUCCUCGUCUCGAACGAUAACUGUCCUCUCUCUACGUCUCGCAAAGCGGAUUUUCCAGAUUCCGAUUUUAAUUGCGGUUAGCACUCGGUUCGUUUCGAGGGGAUUUUUUUUUUCAAGAAAAAAAAGACAAAUUUCAUUGGUAUGAAAAGGGAUAUAUUUUAUAAAAAUAAAAUAUACUGGCGCUCCUUCAGGUCAGAACAAUUUGUAGCUGUCAGAAUAAUCCAUUUACCAAAGAAGUGUGGGAGCAUGUGAAAAGCCUAAAAAAAAAAAAGAGGUUCUUUUUUUAAUUGGCACUGGUUGUUCAGGAACAACGUCUUGACUAAUCCUAGGACUGCAGAGGCUCUCGGCAAAGAGUUUCUCGCAAAUGCACAUCGGGUAUCAGACUUGCAUGAGGUUUUUAUAAGAUGGCAACAAGAUCAGACCAAGAUAUUGAUGACGACUUCAGUGAACUUUACAAGGAGUACACGGGUCCUCAGGGAUUGACAAGAUCGACGACAACCAAUUCACAAGAUAGGGAAAAGACAAACAAAAGGUCUCUUGCAGGUUCCGAUGAAGAAGAGGAACCUCCUCGUGACCCAAAUGCUGUUCCAACUGAUUUCACUAGCCGAGAAGCCAAGGUUUGGGAAGCCAAGUCGAAAGCUACUGAGAGGAUUUGGAAGAAAAGGAAAGAAGAGGAACUGAUUUGCAAAAUAUGUGGAGAGUCUGGUCACUUCACUCAGGGGUGCCCUUCUACUCUUGGAGCAAAUCGCAAGUCUCAAGAUUUCUUUGAAAGGGUGCCUGCUAGAGAAAAGCAUGUAAAAGCACUUUUUACAGAGAAACUUGUAGAAAAGAUUGAAAAUGAUAUUGGCUGCAAAAUUAAGAUGGAGGAGAAGUUUAUUAUUGUUAGUGGCAAGGAUAGGUUAAUUUUGGCCAAAGGUGUGGAUGCUGUGCACAAAACGAUUAAGGAGGAAAGUGAUCAAAGGGCUUCUUCUAGUUCCCACAUGGAAAGAUCUAGGUCACCUGAACAAAGCCCUGCUCAUGCACGGUUGCGACGAUCUGAUUCCCAAAAGUCUCAUUCCGGUCCCCAGAAUGCAACACCCCUUCUGCAGAGGUUUGGUAGGCAGGAGAGGGUUUUGGAAGACCAUAGUCACAAUGAUCCGAGGAAGCUUGCAAGGGCUUCUCCACAAGCGAGAGCUUAUGGUAAUAAUGGAGCCAGAGGUCGUUCGAGCAAUUCAAAGUCUCCAACACAUCAUCCUUACCCAGGCAAGUCAUAUAAUUCAUAUGAUCGUAAUAAUCAGGGCAUGAGUGCUUAUAGGACUGAUGGAUGGGAUAGUGAGAGGAGAGGAUCUGAUAUGCAAACUGGUCGUCAAUUUGAUUACCCUGCCUCCCCUCAAACAUUAGAAGAGCUAGAGUUGGAGUUUAAAAGGGAGGCAAUGGAACUGGGGAAAAUUCGUGACAAGGAAGAAGAUGAAGAAAGUUACAGGCAUCGUGAGGCUAUUAAGGAGAUGAGAGAAAAGUACAUGAAGCAAUUGGCCACUCUGAAGGGCAUGCAUGCAAAACAGUGGGAGGAGUUUCUCCAAAUUGAUGCCCAGCGGCAUCAACAACAGGCACCACGGCAAUUGCCCUCUUCUGGUUUUGGUGGUUAUAAACAGCGUGGUUAUUCUGAGUAUGAUGGCACCUUGGCCAAUCCUCAUUAUGCUGGGGCCAAUUUAGCCCUUGAUACACGAAGUCAAUAUUCAAACUCUGUGGAAAAUUACACUCCAAGGCCUCGUGACAAGUUUGGUGCAUUUCAGCGUCAAAGGCGCACAGAUUAUGGAAAACCUUACAAUCGAUACUAAUCAUUAUACUGGAAUUAAGGGUCCAGAUCUUGGUCGGGUAGGCGUAAUGCAGAGGAGGCCAAUAUCUAGGUAAGUAUAUUGGUUAUGGUUUUGAACUUGAGAAGGGACCAAUUGUGCACAUUUGUGUUAGAAUCUAUUUCAUUCAAUUGGGUGGUUCAGUUCUGUUUGGAACUUUGUUAUAGAGACGUGAGAUGCAGUUUUGGUUUUAUUGGUUAACGCUGGUAACAUUUAGAAGUUAAUGACUGCUCAAUGAUUGAGAUUUUGCAUUUGGUAAUGAUUAGCACUUUGACAGACUUAUUUACA